AUGUUCUACACAAGCAGGUUCCUCUUGGCUCUACAGCACGUCAAACAGCAUGUGGAGCGCACGGUGCCGCUGUCAGACAGCACGCUUAAGGAGGUGAUUGUCAAAGCCAUCGGCAAACCAACAUCGAGCGACGAGCUAAAGUACUUCAAACGCAAUCGCAGAGCUAAGCCCGUCGCACCAUUCUUCGCUGGCGAAAUCAGGCCUAAACUGAAACUCGUCGCCGCGGCAAUCGACCACUCGGAGCUGCCUCCGCCGACGCUACCAGAGGUUGCCUUCUACGGACGCACGAAUGCCGGGAAGUCAUGUCUGAUCAAUGCUAUCUGCGGACGGUAUGGAGUUUGCCCCGUCAAACCGCUGCCUGGUACAACAAGAAAAGUUCACUUCUACAAGGUAACGUUGCAUUUCAUCAGAAAUAUGCAUGCACAGGUGGGCUCACCGCCAAGCAUCAUACUGGUUGACAUGCCCGGUUACGGGUAUUCCUCCGCAAAGGAGGACCUAUCCAUGCAGUGGAACGAAUUCGCUCUGUACUACCUCAAACACAGAGAGACUUUAAAACUGGUCAUCGUAUUGGUGGACAGCCGUAUCGGAUUGAAACAGUCAGAUCUGGAAGUCAUCAAUUUUUGCAGCAAGUACAAGAUAAAGUGGCACAUCGUGCUCGCAAAGGCCGACACCAUGAAGCCGGUGCUGUUGGCGAAAAUGAUGCAAAAGGUGAAGCUGGAAACCUCCACGUACCGGGGUUGUAAUGGGAAAAUUAUCGCAGUUGGUGCAACUAAGGACCAAAACCUAGAGGAAAUAAGGGGAGUGGUGGAAUCCUUUAAAGUGGACAAGCACAUGGCUCAUUUCUGGUCUAGAUACAAGGCCAGUCGAACACCGUAUGUAGCCAGAAAGGUGAUGCUAGAAGACACUCCAAAAACUAUCGCAAUAACAACUGGCAAUGAGGGCGACACUUGCUUGAUAAACGAAUCGAGUCUGCACCAUGAAACUGCUCCAGUAGACCGUUAUGAUCUGUCCAAAUACAUUGGCGAAUCCAGAGGCCCAUACAGUGUUGACCAAGUGGCCCUGCGCUGUCUCGCCGAAGUAUUCUCGAGGUUUACGCCCCCACCAGGUUUCGUGGACGAUGUGGCGCAGGAAACAGAAACUACUACACCGGCUGUUGAAACGGACGGCGUAGUUGAACGCAGCGUCGCACCCACUUUUGUUGAAAUGGACGGUAAUCUGUUGUGCGACCUGAACAUAACUCUGGACGACACGCUAAAACGCAACGAAGAGGCAGAGGCACCGCAGGAAAACCUCAUAGAAGAUAAAAUAUCGAGCUAUGAAAGACGCCUGGCGAUGGGGAUAGAACCCGCGCCAAAGGUCUGCAAGCCUAACAUAGGCAGGAGCUACAAAAGGGUCAUGUCCAUCUACAGAAAGACGUUGGCACCAAAAAAACUCAAGUGGGACUCGGUCAAUCGGGAUAAACUGACCUGGUCAGCAGUUUACCAGAAGUGGGAGAGGUGGAGCAAAAAGCACCCAGAGCUCGCCAGAUCCGCACAAUCACCUACAAAACGGCAGGUCGUUAGUGACGGAAGCAAAACACGUAUACGGAAGCACCAGUUGCAAGUACACCAAAAACGCAUUAAGAUCCGUGAAGGUCCGCCCAAAAUUAAACAGAAGUCCCAUUUGUAG